AUGUGGUAGGAAUAGAUGAAUAUCAUUCAUUUACAGCUUGUAAAGAAUUAAGUGAUUCGGUAAAUAAUAAUCCACCCACCAAUUUUUCAAACAUGAACGGCAUAGGUGGAGACUUUGAUAAAUGGGCCAGAAGCAAAGAAUACAGGGGAUACAUCCAUAUUCCCAGUUUUAACGUUAAAUGUGAUGCUAAAGGUUAUUUUGUCUCAGCUAAUCCUCGAGAUCCUGACUAUCGUAAUCAAGAAAAUUCAACUAAAAAUCCAAAAAAAGUCGCCAAUGCUGAACACAAUCCUUAUGGCUAUACAAAAAUCCCUCAAGCACCUUGGGGAACCC